AUGGCCGACGCUCGUGGCGACACCGGUGCAGCGGCCGGAGAUGUGGUGGAGCUGCAGGGUCCGGGCGCGGUGACCGCGGAUGUCGGUGGCGUCUGCGGCGGUGCGGGGAAACACGCAACCGCUGCGGACGUGACGGGCUCCGCCUCAUCACUGCAGAAGGUGAUGGCGUCGAGCGGCGCAGUCCAUCCAGAUGCCCCCAUUGCGCCGCUUGCCGUGGAGGAGCAGCUAUUGCGUCUGGUCGUACGUCAUCGGCAUAUUUGCAUAAAAGUCCUUCUGAUUCUUAGAAUUCAACCCGCAGUCCUACUUUUAAGUGGAUACCUAAGAAAAUGCUUUGUUUUUGCAAAAUUGACCCUGCAUUUGUUCCUAUUCAACCCGCAGUCCUUUGUAGGGGCAGAAACGCGUGCGCCCCGAGCCAGGGAGCUCGGCUCCGCGCCAGGCGCUCGCCCCGACCCCGCCUUCCUCCCCCGCCUCGUCGCGCCGGCCGGCCUCACCGGAGAUCACCGCCGCCGCGACCAGCGCCGCCAUGGCCGCCCCGAGCUUCGCCGGCAGCCGCGUCGCCCGCCUCCGGCCACGACUUCGGCGGGAUCCGGCCGCCACUGCCCGGAUCCGCAUCCUCUGCUCCGCCGUGCCCCGGAUCCGGCCACCACCAAGCCUCCCGCGUUGAUCGGCCCGUCCGCCGGUCUCCCCCUGCUCGAUCCGGGUGGACGGACGAAGGGGCGGCCAUGGCAGGGAGGCCGCGCUGCGCUCGGGCGCCCGCAUCAGGCGGCGGCAGCGAGGAGGGAGGCACGCGUGGAGAUGAAGGACGAAAAGAGAGUCGGCCGGAGCGAGGAGUUCUCCGGCGUCGAAGCCACGGACCACGGCGGCGCAAGCUUGCGGGGGGCGAUGGCCAUGGCGGGGAGGCGGCGCUACGCUCGGGCGUCGCAUCAGGCGGCAGCAGCGAGCGGGAUACGCGCACGGAGAGGAAGGAGGAGAAAAUGGAGAGGUGUCCGGGAGCGAGGACUUCGCCCGCGUCUAAGUCACUGCUGGGCGGGACGCGCAGGCGCGCGAGGGGCACGACACUCCUCUCAUGGUGUGUGCGCUCUUGCCGAGUUGGCAAAGUUUUUCUUAGACGGACGGGAACGGUCCCGUUGCUGCCUCGCCGCUGGGAUUGAAGUCAGUCGACCGACGUACCGAUGCAUCGGGGCUCCAUCGAAAUAUCAGGCGACUCAUAUAAGGGAUUGGGGAGGCAAAAUAUUACGCAACUUGGGAAGGUAGAAAUCACGCGAGAGUUGCGCUCUUGGGGAGGGCAAGGAUUGCUGGGCGCGUGAUUUCUGGAAAGGGAUUCGUGAGGGAAUCGCUGAUUUGGAUUUUUGGGAGGCAAACAAGCAGCCUCGAGCAUAUCCCCAUGCCAGAUGAAGAGGAGGAUGGCGGAGGGAAGGACCAGCGCUGGUAGUGGUCGUAUGGCAGGGGCGAUUGGUGGAGGGAGGAAAAGAGUAGGGCGACCGCUGCCUUCUCUCGCCCGCACCACCAUGCUGUCAGGAGGACUCCGACAGUGACGAUUCCAGCGAAGCAGCAGCGGAAGACGAACACAACAGAGACGCACUAUGCCUUACAAGUUCAACAGAGACGAACACAGCAGGAGACCAACAGGCCAGUGGCAAGUCUUCUCUAUGCCUUACAAGUUCCACGUGCACUAGCUUUUAGUGCAGGUCAGUUGCCAAAAGGGCACAUCGACAAGCACGUACGUCGCCAGACGCGUCUCUCUCCACCUGCAGGAUGAUUUCCGUGGCACGGCCCUCCUCAGGUCUUGAGCACUACUAAGCAAUAAGCAUAACCUUUGCACAAUCCUCUUUAUGUCAGUUUUGUAAACACCUUGGGCGAACUGUGUAUCUGUCGCCGAGGAUCUUAGGACUCCCAUUAGUUAGAACUUAGAAAUGAUGCUCUAAUACUACACUUGACACACAAAUAAGGAGCUGGCAUAUUAAAAUGGUUACUCUUUGGAACUUUGUUCAGUAUUUAGCAGUGUUCAAUAUCGAAGAGAUUACUAUUUAGCUUUAGAGUAUGAGGGCAUGCGUUGUUCAUUAUCUCUUUUACCCCCUGUCGGCGGUACUGAGUGGCUUAGCACUGAUGCAAGACGAACAUCGGUCGACUUAGACUUUGACCGCAAGUCACUUGAGUGGUGUCAUUAAAACAACCUGAGCAAGAUUGGAGCUGAUGGGUAUUUGAGAUUGUUGCUUUUUGAUGGGACUGCAGCCAAAUGAAUCUCUUGCCUUGUCAAGCAAAAGAUUAGUGAUCUCGUGCAAGAUCUAAAUGUUACCAGUGAUGAUGGCUCUACAGAAACGAACUGCGAGCACUCAGAUUCUUCAUUUACGAAAUGUUCAGCCAAUUCGACCAUGUCAAAUGCAGUUUUGCGUGGAAGGGAGCUGGUAUAUUUGUAAUUGAUAUGUAUGAUGGCACGUCUUCUGAAUGCAAGCUUCGUCUCGAUAGGAGAUCCUCCAGCUUCAGUGUGUUGAAGUCUGACGGAUUGGAGAAUCAGAUGGUAGUCGCUGGAGAGGCAAGGAACUCCCAUGCUUGCAGCGAUGCACUUGGUGGGCAUUCCUUGCAUUUUUCCCGUAGAAUCACACGGUACAUGUAUUUAAUUAUAGCAAAGUCACCAUGUCUUUAUCAUGCCAGUAUGCCAAUGUGCCCAGAAAUUAGAUAUCAGAGGGAAGUUAGCAAGUCACCAGCUCUGAAAGCAUACCAAAUAUUUCAGUUUUUAGGCCACUUCUCAAUUUUGAAGAGCUACUCCUUUGAACUAGAUAUGUGAGCUUUUUGUAAACUAUAGGAUAUCAUAGUCUGCUAAGUGGAAAAAGAACUCUUUGAUGUUGGGCAUAUCCUGUAGUAUUUAAAUCAUUAUUUUUUACAUAUGUGAUGCAAAUCUUAUUCUUUUAGAAAAAUGGUGAAUCUACAGGAUUGAUAUGAACUCAGAAUACAAAAUUUGGGACAACUAUUAACAUUGAAAGAGAAUGAAUGUGAAGACAAUAUGUGUGCUGGUGUCCUGGGAUUCAUCAGUUGUAUCAGGAAAACCAAAGUAAAACAGGUACUCAGAUUUUUUUUAUUCUACAUUUUCCAGAUAUAGCAAAGGUUGUACCACAGAAAGUAUUGUGUGUGGAUGACACACUCCAAAUGUGGCACCUCUUGUCAAAAGUUCACUGUAUGAACGAGGAUCAUAUAUUUGCUUUGAUCUCAACCUUUGGAUGCAGUUAGAAGGUUUCAUCAUAACAAAUUUUUUUAGUUUUUGUAAAUUAACCUCACCAUUUUGAUGAUUGUAGGACAUCAUUGUUCUCCAAUAUGAAACUAUAGAGAAGGGACCUGACGUACAUUUGUGUAACACAGUUCAGUAAACACGUCUGGAAACUUUAUUUCUUUUUUCGAGAUUGAUUUACUUGGUGGUGCUAUUGCCCAUUUCCUCUUAACAAGACAUGUGUGAUGUUCCAAAAAAGGAGCUUAUGUGUUGUCUGGCAGCCUUGAUGGUAGUUUUAUACAUGUAGCUGAGGAAAGUGUGCUUGAAGCACGUCUUGUUAAAAAAUGGGAUGGGGACCUGUGCUGGUUUUGAGUCAUACUUAUUGGGAUAGGCCCUUGCGAUUUUUCUCUCUCCAUUGGCAUGGCCAAGGUCGGGUUGUGAUAAGGAGAAUGAGAUAGCGAUGAUGUGGUGCUUCACUGCUAGCUGAAUUUUGCCAUUGCUGGUGCUAGCUGAACUUUGUGGUAGCUAAAUUUUGCUAUCGCUGCUGCUAGCUGAAUUUUGCAUAGACAUAAUGCUCAUCUAGACAUGUUUUUCGAGUAGAAGUGAGAAAUAUAUCCAGGUUUUUAUGCCAAAAGCUUUUAACAUUUUUCCUCAUAGUGUAAGUAAACUGAUGAUGCAUGCCAUGGGUAAGGAUUUGGUUCCAACAGAAGCAACACAUAUUCAUCUUGCCUACUAUCCCAUCAGUGGAUGUCAGUCUCAUUUUUCUGAUCCUACACUUGAGCUAAGAAUUCAUUGCCCUUUUUUUGAACAGGCUGCAGUAACCAGUUUGUCACUACUUCAAUGGAUAUAAGGAGCAUAUCGUCAUUGCGUAUGCAAAAGCAUGUUUCAAAAUUUAAAUUACCAUGGCACAUUUAAUUCUUUUGGAGUACUAAACAAUCAUGCAGCUCUCUACAGAUUUUAAAAUUCAUGGUAGGAUCACAGGAGUAUACUACUUUGUUGGGGGGAGAUAAUUUGUUGAGCGGAUAGCGUCGAUGCCUUGCAAAGUUUCACAGAGAACAAGCUAUAUGUGGAUUUCUUCCAAUUGCAGGGUUCUUUAUUUUCUUUAUUUUCGAGCAACCAAAACUAUACUCUGUAAAUAAUCUUCUUGAACCAGAGUUCUUUAUUUUCUUUGUAUUUUGACA